AUGUUUCCUCUCAUACAACGAUGCUACUUCCACGCUCAUUUCAAGCUCCAGACGUUACCUGUUCCCAGACUACUACUGUAUGGAAAGAAUAAGACAACUUGCUCUUCUCUUGGUCUCCACCGUCUGCAGAGAGAUGUGUGUCUCCUCUCGAGAUCUUCAAGCCUCAACCCAGCAUCAAUACAUGCAGCCAAGCUCCAGGCUUUUCACACCUCUCUCCCCUUCUUCAAGAAGAAAACCCCCAAAGAAUCUGAGACCGAAGACUCGGGCAUAUUGCAACGAAGUAUGAAAUCACUAAAGGAUUCUCCAAAGCCAGCCCUUUACUUAAGCCUCGCAGGGCUAAUUCCAUUUGUUUCUGUGCCACUGUCAAUGGUCAUCCAAGGGACCUACUACCCAGAGCUGGCGUUUGCUCAGAUUACGUAUGGUGCUGUAACAGCCUCUUUCCUAGGAGGAAUGAGGUGGGGGUUUGCUCUCCCAGAAAACAGCCCGGCCAAGCCAGACUGGCUGAACCUGGCUAACAGUACAAUUCUUCCUCUACUUGCCUGGCAAGCCUUACUUUUUAAAGAUAUCACUCAUGGUGCAAUAAUGCUGGUAAUGACCUUAGGGAUAGCACUACAUUAUGACCUUUCCCUUCUUCCUACUUACCCUAGGUGGUUUAAAGUACUGAGGGUAGUGGGAACAGUGGUGAUGGUAUUAUCACUAUUAGCUACUGUAGCAUUGAAGAGUUUUUCAGAGCAGCAGCUAAGUAACAGCAGAAAUAAAUGGCAGAACACAAAAUAA